GGCUCCGCCACGGUGGCCUUCGCCGCCGAGCCCGUGCCCUUCCCGCCGCCGCCACCCGGCGCUCUGGGGCCACCGCCGCGCCUGGCCGCGCUCAAGGACGAGCCGCAGACGGUGCCCGAGGUGCCAAGCUUCGGCGAGAGCCCGCCGCUGUCGCCCAUCGACAUGGACACGCAGGAGCGCAUCAAGGCAGAACGCAAACGGCUGCGCAAUCGCAUCGCUGCCUCGAAGUGCCGCAAGCGCAAGCUGGAGCGCAUCUCGCGCCUCGAGGAGAAAGUGAAGACGCUCAAGAGCCAGAACACGGAGUUGGCGUCCACGGCCAGCCUCCUGCGCGAGCAGGUGGCGCAGCUCAAGCAGAAGGUCCUCAGCCACGUCAACAGCGGCUGCCAGCUGCUGUCCCAGCACCAGGUGCCCGCGUACUGAGCCCGCGCGCGGGGCGCAUGCGCGGUCCCCCACCCCGAGGGGCGGGCUCGGGGUGGGGGUGCGUCGGCGCCCCGGACUCGGAGAGGGCGCGGCCCUUAGAAGCCCCCGGGGGCGCACGGGACUCGGAGGGG